AUGACCAGCUACACUCCCCUCGAAGCUCCCGUUCCACCCCUUCCCGAAGACGACGUCUUCACCGAGCUGCAGUGGAAGACGCUCUUGUCCCUAGCUGACGCGGUCAUCCCCUCCAUCGCGGCCGCAGGCGCCGCCAAGUCGCCGAACCAGAAAACCGUCCCAUCUGCAGAAAUCGAAUCGGCGCUGUCGACGCUCCAGGAGACCAUUGAAGGUCCCAAUGCCGGCCGGCUGGCGAGGCAGUACCUCGAGGAGAGCGCUUCGUCCGUUCCGCUGUUCAAGGAGUCCCUCCACCGCGUCUUUGGGCAGUAUAUAUAUCAGGAGGCAAGGAAGGGAGUGGGAUUCCUUCUGACAGCUUUAAAUACGCGCGCUGGGUCUCUGAUCCUGACGGGCUCGGCAACCCCCAUCCAGUACCAACCCUUGAACGUGCGUGAAAAGAUAUUCCAGAACUGGACGACAUCAAGACUGCCCCCUGUGCGUCAUGUGUCCAGAGCGCUUGCUCUUUUAUUCAAAAAGGCUUGGAUCAGUCUUAGUCCGACGCUACCUCCCGUGCUCGGAUUUCCCAGGGUCCCGGUGCACGGAAAACCGGCGGAUGGGUUCGAAUACCAGUUUCUCCAAUUCCCUCCCGGUGAGCAGCCCGAGACACUCGAGACGGACGUCGUCAUUAUCGGCAGUGGCUGUGGCGGAGCUGUGGCAGCCAAGAAUCUUGCAGAAGCCGGCCAUCGAGUCCUCGUGGUGGAGAAAUCCUAUCACUACCCUUCCAAGUACUUCCCCAUGACGCAGUCUAAUGGCAUGAUUCACCUGUUCGAAAGUGGAGGCAGCUGCGUGACUGAUGACGGCUGCAUGGCCGUCCUGGCCGGAUCGACCUGGGGUGGUGGAGGAACGAUCAACUGGUCCGCCUCGCUGCAGACCCAGAGCUAUGUGCGUCAGGAAUGGGCCGACUCGGGCUUGCCCUUCUUCACGUCUGCUGAGUUCCAGAAGUCGCUGGACCGGGUCUGCGAUCGGAUGGGAGUCAAUACCCAGUCCAUCAAGCACAACCACGGAAAUCAGGUCAUCCUGGAAGGCGCGCGAAAGCUGGGUUAUGCUGCGAACACGGUCCCGCAGAACACCGCAAACCGCGAGCACUACUGCGGAUACUGCACCUUGGGAUGCGCCUCCGUGACGAAACAGGGUCCUGUGGCGACAUGGUUGGUGGACGCCGCCAACGCGGGAGCCGUCUUCGUCGAAGGGUUUCAUGCCGACAAGGUCCUUUUCGACACGGUGAAUGGCAAGAAAGUUGCAUCAGGAGUGCAGGGGGUGUGGACGUCCAGGGACACUCAUCUCGGCACCAGUGGGAAGGACAGAGUGAGGAGGAAGGUGAUUAUCAAAGCGAAACGGGUGAUCGUCUCGUGCGGGAGUCUCCAGAGCCCUCUGCUCCUGCUGCGUAGUGGGAUCAAGAAUCCGCACAUUGGGCGUCAUCUGCAUCUGCAUCCAGUCUUUUUGGCCGCUGCAGUGUUUGACGAGGAUAUUCGGCCCUGGGAAGGUGCAUGCCUCACCACCGUGGUCAACCAGUUCGAGAACCUGGAUGGGCACGGCCAUGGACCGAAGAUCGAGGCGACAUGUAUGCUACCCGGCGUAUUCCUCGCGGCAUUUCCGUGGAAAGACGGUCUGCAGUACAAGAUGUGGGCUUCUAAGUUGCGCCAUAUGACGGGGUUUAUCACCCUUACUCGAGAACGGGACGCCGGCCGAGUGUAUCCAGACCCGGUGGAUGGCCGGCUGCGGAUCGCCUAUACUGUCUCGCCGUUUGACCGGAAUCACAUGGUUGAAGGACUCAUUGGGGCUGCCAAAAUCGCGUACAUCUGCGGAGCGAAGGAGUUCCACACGACGUAUGCCGAUAUGCCGCCAUUCAUUCGACCUUCGACGGUGAAAGAUCCCGAGGAAGACGGGGAGGGAGUGAACAACGCCGCAUUGCAGGCGUGGAUCAAGGAACUGCGGCGUCGAGCGCCCUUGAACCCGGAGAAAGGUGUCUUUGCCAGCGCGCAUCAAAUGGGGACCUGUCGGAUGGGCAAUUCGCCCAAGAAGAGCGUCGUGGACCCGGACGGCCAGGUGUGGGGGACUCGAGGGUUGUACGUCGUGGACGCAUCCGUCUUCCCCAGCGCGAGUGGCGUGAAUCCGAUGGUCACCAACAUGGCCAUCUCGGACUGGACUAGCAGGAAUAUUGCCAAGGGGCUGAGCCGGGAGAAGGUCAGCAAGAAUGGGACGGCGAGGCUGUGA